AUGAACUAUGUUACGAAAUUGCAACAUUUCCUCCCGAAAACCAUUGCAUUCUCUUAUAGACAGAGAUGGCUUUCCCAAUUAGUUAACAUUCAAACUGUUUCACCAUCAGAUUCUAAUCUCAAAGCUAACAACACUAAUAAUAAUAAUAAUAAUAAUAAUAUCAAACAACCAUUCGUACCAAGAUAUGAAUUCCCUCAAUAUAACAUUACAUUGACCGAUUUUAAAGGUCAUCAAAUGAAAGCUUUGAAAAAUUUCCAAAAAUUACUACCUCAAUUAAAUAUGAUAAUAGAAUUACGUGAUAUAAGAGCUCCCUUAUCAACAAGAAAUUUAUUAUUUGAUACCUUAUUAUCACGAACAAAGAAAUCAUCUACUUUAUCAAAAUUAAUCAUAUACACAAAAAAAGAUCUCUUAUCUUCUUCACCACAAGAUCCUAAAAAAUAUUUAGAUAAAUUAAUUAAAUGGCAUAAUGAAAUAAAUGAAAAAUUCAUAAUAAUGAAUUGUAACCAUAACAAAGAUAUUAAAACAUUAAUGGACUUGAUUAAUUGGCAAAAUAAUAAAUUUAUAAAAAAUCCAUUACCAAUGGGAUUCAGAAUCUUGAUCAUUGGUAUGCCCAACGUAGGCAAAUCUACUCUAACCAAUUCAUUAAGAUCAUUUGCCACACAUAAUGAUACGGACCACCACCACCACGACAAGGAAAAGAAAAAUACUGUCGUGGCGAAAACAGGAGGUCAAGCUGGUGUCACGAGAAGUAUAAGUGAAUGCAUUAGAAUCUCUAAUGACAAAUCUUCCUCCACUAUGCAUGGAAUAUAUAUAGUAGAUAGUCCAGGAGUUGGAUUACCAGGUAGAAUAAAUAAUUGUCAAAGAAUGUUGACAUUAUCGCUAGCUGGCUGUAUUAAGGACAAUUUGAUUGAUCCGAUAAUACAAGCUGAUUAUUUAUUGUAUUUGAUUAAUUUACAACAACAAUUAACGGGAAAGAAAAGAAACUCUCACGAGCUUUACCCUGGAUCCAUUCAAAAUCCGACCAAUAACGUUUAUGAAGUUUUGAAAAGGCUUAAGGGAAAGGCUAAUAUUAAUGAUAAUUCAAUGGCUAUGUCAUGGGUCGAUAACUGGAGACAAUCAAGAAAGGGAAUCAUUUUCGAUCCGGAAUUAUUACUUGAAUGUGAUGAAUUCUCAUUGAAAGAUUAUCUUGGUAAUGAAUCGAAGAAAAUACGUACUCUUUAUUCUGAUGGUAUGCUUAAUACUACUACUACUACUACUACUACUGCUGCUAAUAAUAAUAAUAAUGAUAAUAAUGGCGCAAAGAGCAAGAAGAAGAAAAAGGACAAGAAGGUAUCUUCGAACAAUAAUAAUAAACUUUUCAUCAAUUAA